UCUCUUGGUCUGGGAGGAAGUAUGUUGGUCCAUCUGGGGUUUAUCUGGAGCUUGGCUCUUCUGGCUCUGGCACAGGAUGUGACCCAACAAGCUGCAGAAUUUUUGGUGCAAUUUGAUAUACAAGCAGAAACAUUAUCAUAUGAAAGUUCACUCGCUUCAUGGGAUUAUAACACCAACAUCACAGAAGAGAAUACCAAGAAGAUGAAUGAAGCGGGUUCCAAAUGGUCAGAAUUUUAUGGAAAAGCCUCCCAAAAUGCCAGUAAUUUCAAUUUGUCUAACAUUUCAAAUGAUACUAUCAAACUCCAGCUUCAGUCUCUUCAGGACAAAGGAUCAUCGGUGUUGCCGCCAGAAAAAUACAGCCAACUAAAUACUAUUUUAAAUGAAAUGAGUACCAACUACAGCACUGGGACUGUGUGCAAACCAGAUGAUCCUGAUACAUGUAUUCCCCUGGAACCAGGCCUGGACAUGAUAAUGGCCAGCAGCACGGAUUACUCAGAGAGGCUGUGGGCAUGGCAAGGUUGGAGAGCUAAUGUUGGCAAGCAGAUGAGGCCUUUAUAUGAAGGUUAUGUUGAGUUGAAGAAUGAGGCUGCAAGAGCAAACGGAUAUGAUGACUAUGGGGAUUACUGGAGAGGAAAUUAUGAAGUAGAUUUUCCAGACGAUUAUCGCUACAGUCGCAAUCAGCUGAUCACUGAUGUGGAGAAGACAUUUGAACAAAUCAAACCUUUGUAUCUGGAGCUGCAUGCUUAUGUGAGGCAUCAUCUUCGGAGAGUCUAUGGUUCAGAUCACAUUGACCCAAAUGGAUGUCUUCCUGCUCAUUUACUUGGUGACAUGUGGGGUAGAUUUUGGACAAAUUUAUACCCCUUAGUGGUUCCUUACCCAGAUAAACCAAACAUUGAUGUAUCUUCUGCAAUGGAGGAAAAGAAUUGGACUGUAACUGCCAUAUUUAAAGCUGCUGAGGAUUUUUUUGUCUCAGUUGGCCUCUUUAACAUGACUGAAGGCUUCUGGAAAAAUUCUAUGCUUGUGGAACCAAAUGAUGGCAGGAAAGUUGUCUGUCACCCCACGGCUUGGGAUUUGGGGAAAAAGGACUACAGGAUCAAGAUGUGCACAAAAGUGACUAUGGAUGACUUCCUGACAGCACACCAUGAGAUGGGGCACAUUGAGUAUGAUAUGGCCUAUUCUGAUCUUCCGUAUCUGCUUAGAAGUGGUGCCAAUGAAGGAUUCCAUGAAGCUGUAGGAGAGAUCAUGUCACUAUCUGCAGCCACUCCAAAGCAUUUGAAAUCCCUUGGCCUUCUGGAUCCUAAUUUUCAAGAAGAUGAUGAAACAGAUAUCAAUUUCCUGCUCAAACAAGCUUUGACUAUUGUUGGAACGAUGCCCUUUACUUACAUGCUAGAGAAAUGGCGGUGGAUGGUGUUUGCUGGUCAGAUUCCAAAAGAACAGUGGAUGAAGAAAUGGUGGGAAAUGAAGCGAGAGAUAGUAGGUGUUUUUGAACCAGUGCCACAUAAUGAAGAAUAUUGUGAUCCUGCAGCUCUCUUCCAUGUAGCCAACGAUUAUUCUUUUAUACGAUAUUAUACAAGGACCAUUUAUCAAUUCCAGUUUCAAGAGGCACUUUGCAAAGCUGCUAACCACACAGAUCAUCUUUACAGAUGUGACAUUACUAAUUCCACAGCAGCUGGUCAAAUGUUGGGGGACAUGCUUGCCUUAGGAAGAUCACAGCCUUGGACUAAAGCUUUAGAAAGCAUGACAGGAGAGAAGAAAAUGAAUGCAACACCAUUGCUUCACUACUUUCAACCUUUAUAUGUAUGGCUGCAGAAGAACAAUUCCAACAGAGUUGUUGGUUGGGAUAUAGCCGAGACUCCAAAUAUGAAUGAAUCAAUCAAAGUGAGGAUCAGCCUGAAAGCAGCACUGGGAAUCAAUGCAUAUGAAUGGAAUGAAAAUGAAAUGUAUUUAUUCAGAUCAACUAUCGCCUAUACCAUGAGAGAGUACUUUCUGAAGGUCAAGAAAGAAGCAGUUCCAUUUGUAGCCAACGAUGUUCAUAUAAGUGAUGUGACAUCAAGGAUCUCCUUUAAUUUUGUUGUCAGCAUGCCCAAUAACAUCUCGGACUUGGUUCCUAAAUCUGAAGUGGAAGAAGCAAUCAGAAAGUUUCGGGGACGCAUCAAUGACGCUUUCAGACUAGAUGACCAAACUUUGGAGUUUAUUGGCAUUUCUCCAACAUUGGCGCCACCUCAAGAACCUCCAGUUACUGUUUGGCUUAUCGUAUUUGGAGUUGUUAUGGGUGUUAUAGUGGUUGCAUCUAUUGGCCUGAACAUCUCAGGGUUGAGAGACCGAAGAAAGUAA